UUCUGUUGGGGUGUGUGUGUGUGUGUGUGUUAUUAGGUGUCUGCAGUUCUAAUAAAGGAAAGAGCUGUGUCCCUCUCUGCCUCAUCAGAUGGCUUUGCUCUGCUUUGUCUGUCCGUCUCAUUUCUGUCUGUCAGUCCUGAAGUGGAGCCGGGCUGCUCACAGCCUCUGGACCAUCAGGAGAGGAGCGCCUCCACCAGUCGUCUCAUCCGCUUAGUGUUUCGCUCUCCUCAGCCAGGAGACUGAGAAGCAGAAGAUGUUUGUGUGCUUAUUUGACCUGGUGUGAAGAGUACGUAUAAGACUGCGCGGUGCAUGGUGUUUGACAACGCCGUUGGAAAUGCUGGGGUGUCCAGCGAGGUUAUUUUUGGAUCAGUGACAGCGCGUCAAUGGCUGCAGAUGCGUCGCAAAGGAAGGCUCUGAGAUACCAGCAGACCCUGCUGUACGGGGAGUACAGGGAGCAGCUUGGAAACUUGGCCCGACGGGAGGCCGCCCGCCUGCUGACAGAGAGACAAUGGAGAAGACAAACCGGGGAAAACACCUCGGCCACGGGCCGCAGAGGCCUCGGCCGGCGGCAUCACCUCCAUCAGAACCCUGCCAUCUUGGAGUCACAUCAAAGCCACAACUCCUCCACCAAGAAGCCUCAGCCCUACUCCAAAUGCCAGGACUGUUUGGCUCGAGUGAGGCGGUACAUUGUGACGAAGAUGGGGGAGGACUGGAUAUUUUUGAUCCUUCUGGGUCUGACUAUGGCUCUGGUCAGCUGGAGCAUGGACUACGCCAGUGCCAAGAGUCUACAAGCCUACAAAUGGAUACAUGGAGAACUUAAGGGCAAUGUGCCGCUGCAGUACCUUGCCUGGGUUACAUAUCCCAUAAUCCUCAUCGUUUUUGCCUCGCUCUUCUGUCAUCUGGUUUCCCCUCAGGCCAUCGGUUCUGGCAUCCCAGAGCUCAAAACCAUCCUGAGAGGCGUAGUCCUGAAAGAGUACCUGACCCUCAAAGCCUUCAUAGCUAAAGUCAUCGGCCUGACUGCUGCUCUCGGCAGCGGGAUGCCAGUGGGCAAAGAGGGUCCGUUUGUCCACAUAGCCAGCAUCUGUGCCGCGGUGCUGAGCCGAUUCAUGUCCAUCUUCUCUGGAGUGUAUGAGAGUGGCAUCCAUAACAAGGACCUGCUGGUGUGUGCGUGUGCGGUGGGAGUGGCCACCUGUUUUGCUGCUCCUAUAGGAGGAGUGCUGUUCAGUAUUGAGGUCACGUCUACCUACUUUGCUGUGAGGAAUUACUGGCGGGGAUACUUUGCUGCCACAUUCAGUGCCUUCAUAUUCAGGGUGCUUUCUGUUUGGAACAAGGAUGCUGUCACAAUCACAGCUCUUUUCAAAACCAACUUCAGGAUGGAUUUCCCCUUUGACCUGCAGGAGUUACCAGCAUUUGCAAUCAUAGGGAUCUCCUGUGGCUUUUUGGGAGCGUUCUUUGUUUACUUAAACAGACAGGUGGUUCUCUUCAUGAGAAGACCAACCGCUCUCACACGCUUUCUAACCAAACAUCGUUUGAUCUACCCAGGGGCGGUGACGCUCAUCAUUGCCACCUUCACAUUUCCUCCUGGGUUUGGGCAGUUCAUGGCUGGAGAGCUGAUGCCCAGAGAGUGCAUCAACUCUCUUUUUGAUAAUUUCACCUGGACCAAAAUCUCUGACCCGGCUGCUGCCCCCGGCCUCGGCCGCUCCGCCGCCUGGCUGCAUCCUCAUGUCAGCGUCUUCCUCGUCCUUCUCCUCUUCUUUGUCAUGAAGUUCUGGAUGUCAGCAGUUUCCACCACGAUGCCUAUCCCCUCUGGCGCCUUCAUGCCAGUCUUCAUUUUAGGAGCUGCUUUCGGCCGCCUCGUCGGGGAGAUCAUGGCCACUCUUUUCCCGAACGGGAUACUGUUCGAUGGGAUAGUUUACCGCAUCCUGCCAGGAGGCUACGCUGUGAUUGGAGCUGCAGCCAUGACGGGCGCCGUCACUCACACGGUUUCCACGGCGGUAAUCUGCUUCGAGCUGACUGGUCAAAUCUCCCAUAUCUUACCUAUGAUGGUGGCAGUCAUCCUGGCCAACAUGGUGGCCCAGGGUCUGCAGCCGUCUCUGUACGACUCCAUCAUCCAGGUCAAGAAGCUGCCCUACCUGCCUGAGCUGGCUCUCGGGCACAUCAGCAAGUAUAACAUCUUCGUGGAGGACAUCAUGGUGCGCAAAGUGAAAUUCUUGUCCUCCCAAUCCACUUUUCGGGAAUUAAACCACCUGUUGGAAAGCACAACGUUGAAAACGAUCCCGCUGGUUGACUCUAAAGAAUCCAUGAUCCUCCUUGGCUCGAUUGAGAGGACGGAGCUUCAGGCUGUCUUAGACUGGUGGCUCUCUCCAGAAAGACGAGUCUUUGAAAGAGGUCCCAGUUCACCGGGGCAAGGCUCCAAACUCAGCUGGGAGUCCUUCAGUUUUGUAGAUGAAGAGGGAGAAGAAAGCAGUGACAAGGCUGUCUCUCCUGUGCAAGAAGGAUGCAACGGACCCAUCCCGGCCCCAAAUCCCCAGGAGCCAGCCACCAACCACACAGGAUCAGACAAACGCAAGCUGUCGUCUGUCAGGAGGACUCUUCAGAGACUCUUCUCCUCGUCGUCCUCGUCAGGCCAGACUGAAACUCAGGAAGACGUGCCUCCUCCACUUACUGACACCAUGUCCCCCGAGGAGAUCAAAGCUUGGGAAGAAGAAGAACUGGACAAACCAGUCGAUAUGGAGGAGAUACGUAUAGAUCCCUCCCCGUUUCAGCUGGUGGAAAGGACGUCGUUGCACAAGACACACACUUUGUUCUCCCUGCUGGGUCUCAGUCACGCCUACGUCACCAGCAUCGGGAAGCUGGUGGGAGUCGUGGCACUCAAAGAGCUGCAGAAGGCCAUAGAGGGCUCGACUCGCAGUGGCGUGCGGCUUCGUCCCCCUCUGGCAAGCUUCAGAGACGCCAGCAGGAAAACCAAGAAGCACCAGCCUCCCUCGUCCUCAGCCGCUUCCUCACCCACGCGGGACAGAGACCUGUGGGGAGAGGGGAGCCGAAGAGAGAGCGAGUUGCUGAGGAGGGAGUCCAGGGAUAAUUCCUGGGGAAUGUCUCCGUCUCUUAGAGGAACUCCUGGGUCUGAAACAGUCCCCUCGCCUCCCAGCAGUGUGGGGAGCAGCAGCAGGAGCUCCACCAAGGCAAGAGGAGCAGAAGGAGUGUCUCAGGAGGCUGCGUCCCCUUCAACCUCCUCCUCAUCCUCCCCUUCACCUCCCAUGUCCCCCGUGUCACAUACUAGCCCGGUCCUCACACUGUCCUCCCUGCAGGAGGAGAGAGAGAGUGAGGAGUCUGAUGAACAAUUGUAAGAGAACCAGGGAGGAAACAUGGAGAAGGAACUUUACUUUUUUUGUGAUUUCACUCCUUCUCUUCAGAGACAGAACAGUCUGAACGGUGGAGUCAAGCUUCCUGCAGCCCUUAAUGACUCUCAGCCACCGGGAUGAACUGGUCUACACAAACCCAUCUUGAAACAUUUAGUCCUGGAUAGUUUUUAUUUUGUUCUAUUUUCACAGAAAUCUCACUUUUUCACUUCUGAAUCUCAGGUGUCUUCCUGUUUGACCUGCAAACAGCCACAAAUCAUGGAUGUUUCACCUCUGUCCAAAUCCAAGGUGGAUGGAGAUGAAUCUGUUCAGUUCAUUAUGUACAUGUGAGCUACUGACAGCUAUGAACUGUGCAAUAAUGAAUGAAUUAAAAACUGAAUUAAUUUGGUCAAAUGGUCAAGAGAUUGGGCAUUUAAAGUUAAUUAA